CAAAAACAUCUUCUCCCAUUUCUUUAAGGGGAUUGCAUACAAUUUUCUCUCUCUCUCUCUCCCUUCCCUGCUAAAUGUUCUAUGGGGAGGGGGAGAGGAGGAGAAAGAGACCACCCCACAUACCAAUGGGAAAGCUCCCCCUGCUAGCAGUUAUGCUUUGCAAAAUAUUCUCUGACAUGCUUGCACAAAACCUUUCUUGUCUUUUUAAACAGACUGGUUUUUAUUUUUAAAUUUUCCUUUCUGAAAACCAAAACAAAACCCAAACUACCAGAUUUGUGUUUCUUGUUUUUUUGGACUCAAGAGUGUCAUAUAUAUGUAGUUACCUAUAUAGUUCUUUUUGACAGAUAAUUUUAAGAAGAGGAAGGAGGUCCCCGCCAUCAUUUCGGGGGUGGGGGAUAUAUCCCCCAGGAUGUACCCACAAGGACGGCACACUUCUGGGCAGCCUUUCAAGUUCUCCAUCUUGGAAAUUUGUGACCGGAUUAAAGAAGAGUUCCAGUUCCUCCAGGCUCAGUACCACAGCCUGAAGUUGGAAUGUGAGAAGUUAGCCAGUGAGAAGACGGAAAUGCAGAGGCAUUAUGUGAUGUAUUACGAGAUGUCUUAUGGAUUGAAUAUUGAAAUGCAUAAGCAGGCAGAGAUUGUGAAGCGGCUGAAUGCCAUCUGUGCACAAAUAAUCCCAUUCCUAACACAAGAGCAUCAACAGCAGGUGUUGCAAGCCGUGGAUCGAGCCAAGCAGGUGACCAUGGGGGAACUGAACAGCGUGAUUGGGCAGCAGCAGCUCCAACACCUCUCCCAUCAUGCUCCUCCCAUCCCGUUGACCCCUCACCCUUCGGGCUCUCAGAGCCUGACUGCUGUGAGCACCGCUUCUGGGCUCCUGGCGCUGUCGGGGGCGUUGGCGGCUCAGUCUGUGCUUGGGGCAAAGGACGAAAGAGGAGCACCGGACUCCGAGACCAGUCGAGAGCACGCUUCGAGCCGGAGCCAUUCUGCGUCUCCUCCCGAAAGCCUGCAAGAUGAGGAACAGCCAGCCAGCGCAGGGGCAAAGCGCAAGCAAGACGGGAAAGACGAGGUGGAGCGAUAUGAGAGCGAUGGGGAGAAAAGCGAUUACAACCUGAUAGUGGAUGAGGAUCCGCCUUCUGAACAUGGAAGCCCUGCCUGCAUCUCCACUGCUAAGCUCCUGCCUAGCCGGAGGGAGGUCCCCAACAGCCCAGCCUCACUGGCUUCCAGUCGGAGCGCCACACCGCUCAAAGGAAAGGAGCCGAGUCUGAAUGAUGCCAGUUCCGCCACCUGCAAGGUGCCCAGCGUGUCACCCCCCCAUGAAUCCUUAACCCCCGGGCCUGGUCCCAGUUGUGCCUCCCAAAUCCAACAAAUUGCUUCUAAGUCCUCCACUACAGACACCAUCACCCUGCGGAGCCCUCUGAGCAGGACCACAUCCUUUGCCUCCUCCUUUGGGGUCAUGCCCCACGCCGCCCUCAACGGUGAGCUGGCCGCCCCCAGUUCCUACGUCAGCAUCCAUCUCUCCCCACAGAUCAGUGGGGCCGUGAUGUAUGGAAGAUCCCCUGUGGUGGCCUUUGAAUCUCACCCGCAUUUGCGUGGCUCAGCCAUCUCCGCCUCUUUGCCUGCUGUUCCAGGCAGCAAGCCGGCGUAUUCCUUCCACGUGAGUGCCGACGGGCAAAUGCAGCCGGUCCCCUUCCCGCCCGACGCCCUGAUUGGCUCCGGCAUCCCCCGGCACGCACGCCUGCUCCACACGCUGUCCCAUGGCGAGGUGGUCUGCGCCGUCACCAUCAGCAACUCCACCCAGCACGUCUACACGGGAGGGAAAGGCUGUGUGAAGGUGUGGGACGUGGGGCAGCCGGGCGCCAAGACCCCCGUGGCUCAACUGGAUUGCCUGAACCGGGACAACUACAUCCGGUCCUGCAAGCUCCUUCCGGACGGCCGCAGCCUCAUCGUCGGUGGGGAGGCCAGCACCCUCUCCAUCUGGGACCUGGCGGCUCCCACCCCCCGGAUCAAGGCGGAGCUGACCUCUUCGGCCCCCGCCUGCUAUGCCCUGGCCAUCAGCCCCGACGCCAAGGUCUGCUUCUCCUGCUGCAGCGAUGGAAACAUCGUGGUGUGGGACCUGCAGAACCAGACCAUGGUCAGGCAGUUCCAAGGCCACACAGAUGGCGCCAGCUGCAUUGAUAUCUCCAAUUAUGGCACCAAGCUCUGGACGGGGGGGCUAGACAACACCGUGCGGUGCUGGGACCUGCGGGAAGGCCGGCAGCUUCAACAGCACGACUUCAGCUCUCAGAUUUUCUCGCUCGGUUACUGCCCCACUGGUGAAUGGCUGGCAGUUGGGAUGGAGAGCAGCAACGUGGAGAUCCUGCACGUGACGAAGUCGGAGAAGUACCAGCUCCACCUUCACGAGAGCUGCGUCCUUUCCCUCAAAUUUGCCUCCUGUGGAAAAUGGUUUAUCAGCACUGGCAAAGAUAAUCUGCUCAAUGCGUGGCGGACGCCCUACGGGGCGAGCAUCUUCCAGUCCAAAGAAUCCUCCUCUGUGCUGAGCUGCGACAUCUCUACCAAUGACAAAUUCAUCGUGACAGGAUCGGGGGACAAAAAAGCGACGGUUUAUGAACUGGUGUAUUGAGGGGGGGAGGUCGCGCCCCUCCUCCUGCCCCCUUUUUUUUUAACCUUCGGAGGCCCACCCCCACUCGGGAAACUGGUUGGAAGCCCCCCUCCCUCCACCGCCGCACUGACAAGGACGCUGGGGUGGCCAUGAAGCAAUGGGCACGUGCCCCCCUCCCCCAGUGUGAGCUGAACUCUGCCAUUCUUUGGGAACGCGAAUUCUGCAGCUAGAUUUGGAGAUUCCAGUAAAGACAGCCCAUGCACUUCCAAGCUGGUCUUCAUAGCCCCUUGAGGACUAGAAACUUUAAACGCUGAGAUUCUCAGGAAGAUAUCCCCUCGGAAUCAAGGGGCACGUACAGGGCAUAAUUUAUUUAAACCAGGCAAGGACCACAGAAGAGGGGGAGGUAAUUUCUGCACCUUCUCCUCGGGUCCCACUAAUUGAAUAACUGGCCUAGGACAUCAAAAAAUAAAAUAAAAUUAAGCCUCCCCUGGAACAGGAGGGAACACUGCCGCCCCCCCUCCACCCCCAACACACACACACUGUGAUUGACAAGCAGAGAUCAACUGAUACAAAACAUCUUGUCGUCGUCCCCCAACCCAGUUUUUUUUACGGUGCAAACAAAAGAAACCAGUGUUCAAAUCCACCAGAGUUAUUAAAUGUAUUUAAAAAUUGCAAGUCGCUGUGUUGGUCCAUUGGGAGUGGGUG